ACCUACCUACCUAGCUACCUAUCUAUUUCUCUGUCUUUCUGUCUGUCUGUCUGUAUAUUUAGUAUUGCUUAGCAUUGCCAUUACCAUUGCUAUUCCUAACUGUUGCCCUAGGCCGAUGCCGAUGUAUUAGAAAAUUAAUUAGACACGGAGGCCACUUAACCCAGACAGGAAUCCUUAAAUAGAUCUCUUACUCAACUCCGGGCUGAUUUACGCACUAAAAUCUGUCUUUUUUUUGGGAGGUGGAUGUUAGGAGGAAGGUCCAUGUGGGCUGUAGACUGUGUGCAUUGGCAUUGGGAAAAUAAUAAUUUCUAAUAUUCACUUAUGGACAUAAAUCAAGAAUAAUAAAACUUGUCCGGUUGUUUCCAACUAACCGCCUAAUCUUAGCCUGACCUCAUCAGUUAGACAGUUUACAGCCAUUGAGACAGAAGAUAAAAUGAGCUGAUUCUGGUUUUUUACGUGUUAUUAAGGUGCUGCAUAUCCCUCGUUCACUGUAGACCAAAUACCACAUAGUAAAAUAAUUGUAAGACAUCGUAGAGUAAGGGACCAGUAAUAAUAAAGAAAAAAGAAAGAGCACAUUUUUAACUUUUUUUUUUUGCAAAAGGCCUGGAAAAUUCCAGUAAAUACCUUAAGAUUUUUUAUUGUAGCAAAAUAUGUAUAAAUUCUCAUGGUCUGAAUACUUUUGCAACAAAGACAGUCGGUAAAUCUUCCACCCAGACCUGACAGGGCACUGUUAUUUGAGCUUUAGUUGCAUACAGUUUUGAACUUAAGCUGAGUUUUGAAAUAAAAGCUGUGUGUUCCCACUGAGGAAAAAGUGCUGAGUCUCUAUCAGGUAAGACGACCGUUAAUAUGAAAUCCUCCUACUGCAUUGCUCAGGAUAAAUCCAUUGCAAGUAAGCAUUAAUUAUUGACACUGUUUUUAUCUGCGAUCCGCUGACUGACAGUCUGCCGCUCAUCAGGAAAGAGGAGCCACAGACUGUCAGUCACAUCCUUUAAUGAAGUUGGAAGAGACAUAUUAAUGGUAUUAAUUAGCAUUGUUUGUGUGCUGGAGACAAGUCUUAAUGUUACAGGAGAAGAAAAGGAGGAACCACUGUUAAUCGCAGUGACAUCAACCCUCAGAUGGCCCCUGUAUCACCCUCCUACUGGGGUUAAGUUUUGGCUCCCUCCCAGUCUCAGUUCAGACUGGUACAAUGCGUCAGGAAACUUAGCCUUGACAGAUUGCACAUUACCGGAUGUCUUGGUUUCCUCUGUAAGGUGAUGACCAUCUACAGCUUAGAGCUGCAACGAAGAGAGGAGGGGUUGUGCAAACACUGAUUUUACAGAUUAGAUGCUGUCCUGCUUUGUGUGUGAGAGGUUAGAUCAGCACGAGCGAGUAAAUGAGUCUCAACACCAAAUGCAUAUACUCUAAAGAAAGAAUGAGAAAGGCUGACACAGACGAGUGCUUGAGGCUUGUAGGAGGCGGAAAACAAUAUGGAGGGAGGUGGAUUAGUCUCAAUUCCAAAGCAUCAUCUUUUCUUUCAGAUGCAAGCCAUCAACUCAUUGCUUCUGUUUGUUAGCUGUAUAGCAGCCAGCAGCUCCUGUUUCCUCCUGCAUUUUUAAAUAGGUAGUGUGUGUUUAAAACAAAAAAAUGUCCUGGUCUAGCUUGCAUUUUCUAAAAGGUCAGCUCUGAUGAACAGUAUGAAAGCAUACAGGUAAGCGGUGCGUUGUACUGUUCAGAGAUGCUUUCUGUCUAAUCUGUCUAAGCUUGAGGUUUUUUGCAAGAAAAAAGGUCAAAUAUUUCAGUCUCUGGGUGUGCAAAACUGCUAGAGCCCAUGUUUCAUUUUCCUCCCACCUCAUAACUACCAACUGCUUUGUUUUGGUCUAUCACGUAAAAAGCGUGAAGGUUUUGAUUGUAAAGUAAAAGGCUCUUGGAGUGUGAACACAUCAGUCGAUUCUCUUGUGUGAUUACAGGACAUUGUUUCUGCUUUACCAAUACAAAAAUACGUCUAUGAACACAGUAUUGGAGUAGAUUUGGAAAACCAAAAACUCAACCUCCAGUUUGUGGCCUAAAAGGCUAACUGAUAGCAAAUUUGGCAGAGUUAAAUCAACAAUGUGCCGAGUCAUUUGGUCCUUCUCAGAAUUGGUAUUAAUUUAACUCUUUCAGCGUUAUUUCAACAAGCGACUGAAUAAUUUAAACUUUUGAAAUAGUCAAAACUACUCAGUCUCUUGUUGAAAUAACCCUGAAAGAGUUAAAUUAAUACCAACUCUGAGACGGAGAAAAUACACUCGACACAGUGUUGAUUUGACUAUGAAAAAUUUCCCUUAUAGAGCUGAUUAUGAAUGAAGUCACAGUCUGACUGGAGUAAAACGUCCCCUGUUUGUUCAGCUGGCACCUUUUUCAAGUAUUCUGACUAUUUGUUUCCCCUCUUGAUCAGGAUUACCUCAUGUUUCAUCCAACUUUAAUGCAUUUUGCCCUAUUUUUCUACAAGGUGUUGUCUUUCUGGGUUUUAAGUAAAUAACGGCAAGCAUGAGUGCUUGAUGUCAGAGCAGCUUUAAUAUGAGGACAUUAUCUAUAUUUCUACCAGGUGAAGGGUACUAAUAGGCUGAAGUUUGAACAUUUUUCCUGUUGAGAUCAAUAAACGUUACGGAUUAGUGAUUGUAUAUCCUCCCCUGUGUCUGUGCUAUAGUAUCCAUUGACGUUUUGAUUGACAGGUCCAUUGUCUGACAGACUGUGUUUCCUCCUCUGGCUCCCUUUCGUCCUCCAAUGGGCUUGGAGCCUCUAACGGUUACCAAGGAUCCCUGAAUUGAAACGGCUCUAACUCUAGCACACCCGUUCCUGCUGAUGUGUGCAGUUGUGCAAAGUGGCAUGUUGACCCUGCAAGCUCCCUCAUAAAUGGACAGGAUGCAAGUUUGGAUGUAAGGGUUGACAGGAGGAGAAGAAGAAGCAAAGAACUCAAAAACAGCUCAGGAAAAAUGCCUCCAAAGAGGAGAAACAAUGACAUAGUUGAUGUUGAAAAUGUUGGGAUGGAUGUGGACGCUGAGCCUGACAGCGACAGUGAAGAAGAGGCGAGGAGGAAAAGUCGAAACAGGAGAGCUAAGUUGCAACGUAAAGCCAAGCAUGUCAGUGAAGAUGAGGAUGAGGAGGAUGAGGACGAGGCACCCCGACGACGAGGACGAAGGAAACUAACCAAGACAGAUGAUGAUGAUGAUGAGGACGAGAGCCCUCAAAGACGAGGACGGAGGAAGACAACCAAACCCCAGGACAGUGACGGAGACUAUGAUGGAGAGAAACGAAAGGCAGCAGCAAGAAAAGGAACAAGAGCCUCCAGGAAGAAGGUUUCUAAGGAGCAGAGCGAUGAAGAAAGUGAGGAAGACAAGGGGAGAGGAAAGAAAUCUGGGAGAGCCGUGUCCAAAAAGGAGAAAGAGGAGCAGAAUAAUGACAAGAAGGGAAACAAGAAAGAAAAAGAUGAGGAGAAUAAGGACAAGAAAAAGAAGAAUAAAAAGACAAGCAGCAGCUCCUCCUCCUCUUCUUCAUCCUCCGACCCGGACGAAGAAUCAUUGUCAGAGGGAGAGAUUGCAGCCCUGAAGGAACAGGUGGAGGAAAAGAAGAAGCUGAUUGCUACGUUAAGGAACAAACCCUGGCGCAUGAAGAAGAGGCUCUUGCUGCUCAAGGAGGCCCAGGAUUUUGUUGAAAAGUUUGAAGGUGCUCUAGGAAAAGGGAAAGGCAGGAGACUGUAUGCUUUCAAAGUCAUGAUGACGAAGAAACUAAUCAAAUUUAAUCGGGAUUUUGAGAACUUCAAAACGGCCUGUAUACCCUGGGAGAGGAAGAUAAAGGAAGUAGAAAGUCACUUUGGAUCUUCAGUCGCAUCAUACUUCCUUUUUCUGAGGUGGAUGUAUGGUUUAAAUCUGGUCCUUUUUGGGUUCAUGUUUGGCCUGGUGGUGAUCCCUGAGGUUCUUAUGGGUCUACCAUAUGGUUCAAUUCCCAGGAAAACUGUCCCCAGAGAUGAACAGGACACAGCUAUGGAUUUCUCUGUCCUCUUUGACUUUGGGGGUUACUGCAAAUAUUCCGUUUUAUUCUACGGAUUCUACAACAACGAACGGAGCAUCGGGCUUCUGCAGUUCAAACUCCCUCUGUCGUACCUCCUCACGAGUGUCGGCGUUUUCGGAUACAGCUUGUUGGUUGUCAUCAGAACGAUGGCUCGUAAUGCGAACGAAGGAGGAGACGGGGGAGAUGAGGGAGAAUUCAUCUUCAGCUGGAAAAUGUUCACCAGCUGGGACUAUCUGAUAGGAAACCCUGAGACUGCGGACAAUAAGUACGCCUCCAUUACUACCAGCUUCAAGGAAUCUAUUGUAGACGAACAGGAGAACCAGAAAGAUGAGAACAUCCACCUCCGACGUUUCCUCAGGGUUUUUGCAAACCUACUAAUCCUCUGCAGCCUUGGUGGCAGCGGGUAUCUCAUCUACUAUGUGGUGAAACGGUCUCAAGAUUUUGCUAAGAUGGACCCCAAAACACUCACAUGGUUUGAAAACAAUGAGGUGGAGUUUGUGAUGUCACUGCUCGGGCUUGUGUGUCCUCCUCUAUUUGAAACCAUUGCAGAGUUGGAGGACUACCAUCCUCGUAUUGCACUGAAAUGGCAACUGGGACGCAUCUUCGCCCUCUUCCUUGGAAAUCUUUACACGUUUCUCUUUGCUCUCUUUGAUGAGGUUAAUGAAAAGCUGGAAACUGAAAAAUCCAUCAAGAACGCCACUGAAUGGACUUUACAUCAAUACUACGCCAACUACAGCUCGUUCUACAACACCACAAGUGUGCCUCCUCCGAAUGUGGCCCCCGCUGAUGUCAUCAGGGGCCCCUGCUGGGAGACUGGAGUUGGAAGAGAAUUUGUGAAGCUAAUUGUCUCAGAUGUGCAGGUUACCUUUUUGACUAUUCUGGUCGGUGACUUUCUACGUGCUUUCAUUGUCCGCUUUCUCAAUUACUGCUGGUGCUGGGACCUGGAGGCCGGAUUUCCUUCAUAUGGAGAGUUUGACAUCAGCGGAAAUGUCCUAGGGCUUGUAUUUAAUCAAGGAAUGAUAUGGAUGGGCGCAUUUUAUGCUCCUGGUCUAGUGGGCAUGAACGUCCUGCGCCUCUUGACCUCUAUGUAUUUUCAGUCCUGGGCAGUGAUGGCUUGCAACGUUCCUCAUGAGCGAGUCUUCAAAGCCUCACGGUCCAACAACUUCUACAUGGGCCUGCUGCUGCUGGUGCUGUUUCUUAGUCUGCUUCCUGUUGUGUACUCCAUGAUGACUCUGUCGCCAUCCUUUGACUGUGGACCUUUCAGUGGCCAAGAGAAGAUGUAUGAUGUGGUAAUAGACACUAUAAAGGCAAUGCCAGCUUUUAUUGGGAACAUUUUUACAUAUGUCAGCAACCCUGGGCUCAUCAUGCCUGCAAUCCUUCUUAUGAUACUGGCCAUCUACUAUUUGAACACAGUGUCAAAAGCAUAUCAACAAGCAAAUACUGACCUGAAAAAGAAGAUGCAGAUGGCUCGAGAUGAUGAGAAGAAUCGCAGGAACAACAAGGACAGCACCAAUCAAAUGAUGAAAGACUUGGAAGACCUGCUGCCGAACAAAUCUCUUGCGCCGACUCCCGUUGAGGAGGAGAAACCGCUUGAUAUUGUAAUUGAUAAGACUAGAACAACUAGAACAAAGCCAGGCACAGCAGGGAAAGGAGUAUUAGUGCAAAAGGAGGAUUCACUGGCUGUCCAGAACCCCAGGCGCCCCGUGACCCGGGCCCCAGGGCCAAGAGGGGGCCCCCCUGGAAACAUGAGGUCGCCUCAGCCUGAGCCUGGAAGAGGCAGAGGUCAGGGUGUGGCUCAAAGAAGAUGAACAACAAAAGAAAAUUUAAAUGGCUCACCACAAAUAACAACCAAUGGUAACAUCACUUUCACGGUCACCAGAGGGAACUGUUGUGUCAUUUGAGUGAUAUACUUUUUUAUUAAAUACAAACUUUUGUACAUUUGUAAAUUGUAGAAGUAUUGGUUUAACGUAUGCAAUAAAAAUAAAAUAUAACAAUUCAUCAUACUGACUUAGAUAUUGUUAGUGGGCUGUUACUACCAGGUAGAUUUCAAAAAUGCAAUGGAAACAUGAUCUGCUGAAUUAUAACAAAGCAAUGAAACAAAUGAUAGAAAAAUAAAUGCAAAGAGUGGAUGCAUUCUGCCCUCCUCGUCAACUUAAUGUUGUUAUCGUUUGUCUAGUUCUUGAUAAACGUGUUACUAUCUGCUGUA